AUGAAAGUUUAAUUCUAAACUGAUUAUGACUCUCGUGUAACUCAUAACCCAUCUAAAAAGAGAGAAUUUCAAUAUAACACUAAAUAGCCGGAAAUUAUUACACUGCAAAAUUAUGAAUCAAAUUGCAACAGAAUUGAAUCGAUGCCUGGACAUAUGAGAUCAAAAUCUUAUGAACAUGAUUGUUUAACAAAAGCAUCUAAUACUUUUGGACUUAAUGUGGAUUAACCUUCAGUUUAACCUUUGAAAACUAAGCGUUAACACAGCAUUUCAUAAAAAGAAAAUGAUCCUGGAUUUAUUUCUCCAAAAUUUAGAUUUGAAAGUUGUGACACUCUUGUUACAAGGAAAUCAUAAAAUUUCAUUAAUGAACUUUAAGAAUGUGUAGACCUUUCGAAAGUGACCGAACUAUCAAUGCAAUCUUAAAUUUCACCAUAGAAAGCAUAUACUGAUUUAUAGUAAAAAAUUGAAGCUAAAGAUUACUUAAUCGAUGAAUUGUAAAAAUAAUUAACAACUUCAAUCAAAAAUAUGACCUAAUAAGUAGAUCUAAUCAGAAAUGAAAAAAAUCAAGUGAUUUAAUAAUAAAUUAGACAAAUAGAAAUUUAUGAAUAGUAAUUAAUAGAAAGUAGAUAAGAGGUGCAAUAAAAGAAUACUGAAUUGUUAAAUUUAAAGAAGAAUAAUAGGGAAUUAAAGAAAUUAUUAGAUUCAAAAUAAGAAUUAUACAUGUUAAAUUCAAUCCCAUCUAAUUUUUAAACAAAAAAGGAGUGCAUGUGUCCUCAAUUAGAAAGAGAAAAUAAGGCUUUACUUGCCAAAGUUGAAUAAUUCCGACAUUAAUUAUAGGAUAUAAAACAAAAUCUUGAGUUUAACAACUUGUCAAUUAAUAACCAAAUCUCUGUUAUUGAGAAGUGUGAUUUUACAUAAUUUGAAAAAACCUUUAAAUAGUUGGCAGAUGAACUUAAUUUAACAAUUGAUAGCAAAAAUAUUAACUCUAGUUUUAGUAUAUUGAAUCAAGAAGUUAUUGAAGGUGUGAAGACCCUUAAAUAAUAAUAUAAAGAGAAUGAAAAAUUCUUGAGAUGUCUCAAAGAUCUUGUAAUCUAAUGUGCACCUUAAGAUUAUUUCUUUCAGACAGAUCCAAGUUUGAAAGAAGUGUGGAAGUUUAUUAAACAAAUUCUGUAAUCUUACCUUGAAAAUAAAAAAUUAGCAUCUUAAAAUGAAGAUAUCGUCAUCAAUUUGUGUAAGUACUUUAGAUGUAAUAAAUCUGAAUUGAAUCAUAAGGGGGCUUGCUUAAUAGUUGAUUAGGAGGUCUAUUAAAGAAUAGUUGAAAAAAUUAAGCGAAUCUUUAAAUUAACUUCAUUAACCAAUAUAAGAGAACUUGAUCGCCGGCUAGAUUAUUAUUUAUAGUGA